UUAACGAUGAAAAUGCAAGUUCGGCAAGUGCACGGGUUAUAUUAAAGAGGACCCGUUCGCCACUUUUCUGAAAUAUUUCAACAAAACAUAGCUGAUCGUAUUACGCAAACAUUACAAUAAUUGUGAUUUAUCGUCGUUAGACUACGUCAGAUAGAUACUUUGGUUUGCUCAAGAUUUUACUUCACACCGGCAAAAUGAGUCCCUAUCUCUGUAGGCUAAACUUUCCCCUCAGAAGAUUUUUCUGCACCGAGAAAAAUUUAUUCGAAUUGAGGAGAGGGAAGUUGUUUGAAGAUACUUUUCCUCACGAAUCAAGAAAUGAAGCUGCUAAAUUGUUGAAAUCAAAACAGCAGUGUGUUUACGCUGGUUUUGAUCCCACUGCGGAAAGUUUGCACGUUGGGAAUUUGUUGAUUCUCAUCAACCUCUUGCACUGGCAGAGAGCAGGACACAAGACAAUAGCUUUGGUUGGAGGAGCAACAGGUUUGAUUGGUGAUCCCAGUGGCAGGUCUACAGAGCGACCGGAGCUCGCAAACCAAAGAGUGGAAGCAAACACAAAUAGCAUAAAAAAGAGCAUAGAAACCAUUUUCAAAAAUCACCAAGAUUUCAUUUGGAAAAAGGGAGAAUUGCCCCCAGUGCGGGUGGUUAAUAAUUUAGAGUGGUACAAAAAGAUGGAUUUGGUGCAUUUCAUUUCGCACCACUGCCGCCACUUUAGACUGAGCAGAAUGCUGGCGAGGCACAGUGUCCAAUCGAGACUGAACAGUGAGCAGGGAAUGAGCUUCACAGAGUUCACCUACCAAGUCUUUCAGGGCUAUGACUGGCUCCACCUUUACAAAACCUAUGGCUGUAGUUUUCAAGUUGGAGGAAACGACCAGAUGGGAAACAUUGUCUCUGGCUAUGAUUUGAUCAGCAAAGCAGAAAACGUGCCAGUUUAUGGUAUGACUUUACCGCUGAUCACCUCGGAGUCUGGAGACAAGUUUGGCAAAUCAGCAGGAAACGCAGUUUGGCUUAAUGCAGAUAAAACUCCUCCAUUUGAACUGUAUCAAUUUUUUGUACGCAACCCUGAUUCAGCUGUGGAGAAUCUACUCAGGCUUCUUACAUUUUUGAGUGAUGAGGUGAUAGAUGAAAUCAUGACAAAGCACCUCCAAGAGCCACACUUAAGAGCUGCUCAGCAGAUUUUGGCCAAGCAAGUCACACUUUUAGUUCACGGAGAGGCUGGACUGAAACUAGCUCAACUGGCAACUGAAGCCCUUUACAAAGGCGAUUUAAAUUCAUUGGAACAAUUGCCAAAAGAAGAAAUAAUUAGGUUGUUCCCAGGUGCCAGUAUCAGUGCACUGGAUUCAAGCAAAUCAAGAACAAUUCUGGAAUUGGCGCUUGAAGCCAAUGCCUACAAUUAUGAGAAGGAUGCAAGGACAAAAAUAUCUGCUGGUGGUUUCUAUGUGAAUAUGCAAAGAAUGAACAACCCAGAUCAAGUGUUCCACCCUCAUGAGUUUAUUUUGAAAAACAAGAUAACUCUUCUUCGAACAGGCAAGAAAAAUUACUUCAUUAUUAAUUGGUCAUCUGGAGUGACGGAUGGAAAAUAAAGCAAUAACGCGAGGUAA